GCGUUACACAGUAGCCAGGAUUUUGGCGGGUUAUUUAACGGCCCAGGUGUCUGAUUCACCGACAUAACAUUCUUUCGAUGGUUUAAUCGAAAAUUGAAAAUGAAAUCACCAGAACGGAACCCAGAAGUCAGUUUGUCCUGGGAAAUACUUGAGAAUUUGAUGUCUAAACAGCAUGCUCAAGUAAACUACCUCUUUAUGGACGAUCCUGAACCUGUUAAAGGGAACAAUAACAACAAAUCUAUCUUGACUAUCCCUGUUAGUCUCAACAGGAUGAAUGAGAAAUUUCAAAAUGGCAUUUAUCGUGGUAUACGUGAAUUUGUUUGUGAUUUUCGUUUAAUGUUAUUAAAUUGUUAUCGUCAACAUGGCAUCACUUCACGUAUUGGACGUUGUGCUGAGAAAUUAGAAUUAUUAUUUGAACAAAAAAUUCAACUUUUAUCACCUGAAAUUAGAGCUAAAGCGUCGAUACAAUCAACACUUGGGUUUGGUACUGCAGAAGAUGAGCUACUGGAUUGUGGUGUCACUCGUCGUCGUAGUUCUGGACGUUUAUUCCUCUCAGGUGAUUCACGUCAGCUAACUCCAAUGCGUGCUAUCAUGGAAGAAUUAGAACAUGUGACACAUCCUGGUACUGCUACAAGUGGUAUAACAGCAUCAUUAAUAUCAAACAGUAUCGAUUUCAAUCAUCAUCCCCUGUCAUCUGAUCAACAAUCAUUAACUACUGCUACUAGUAUUAAUACUACUACUAAUAAUACUACUAAUCAUACUACUAUUAAUAAUCUGACGAUUGAUGAAAAUAUUGCAUUAAUUGUAUCAAGAUUAAAUUUAUGGGAACGUAGACGACAUGAAGAAGAAUUGUUAGAUUCAUGGAAUCAAUGGUGGCUUGAAAGAGAUGGACCAAAAUUACAAGAAACUCUUCAGAAUAUACCAGAAUUCUUAGAAGCUUAUCAAUUCCUUUGGUUAGCUGAUCCAUUCUUGGGCAUAAGUGAUUGUUUAACCAUAUAUACAAAUAAUAAUAAUACAAAUCCAAAUUUACUGACUAAUCCAUUGAUCAGUAGUAGUCAUAUAAAUCAUUCACGUAAUUUAUCAUUAUUCGAUUUAGAAAUUGGUUUAUGUUCAGCGCCACAAGCUAGUUUAGUAUUCAAUGUUUGUAUGUCGAAUUUGUUAGCGACACCGAAAGAAAGAAAUCAAAUUGUUGCUGUUUUAAACAAUAAUAACACUAAUAAUAACAGUAGUUGUAGUGGUAAUACUAAUAAUGGAAUCAAUCUUACUGCGACGAAUUUGAAUGUCGGAGCGGAUUCCAGCUUCGAUGGUAUGAAUUCUAGUACAAGACGAUCACGUAAUCUGUUGUCGAAUACAUCUACCUUACCUAUGAUUGAUUAUAAUAUAUGGGAACGUCGAUUGGCUAGUCGUGUUGAUUCAUGGUAUCGUUUAUUUUGGGAAAAAGGUAAAGGUGUUGUGGAAUGGGCAACACGUCGUUUAGGUUUAUCCAAAAUAUUUUUCGACGUAUGCGGUUAUCAAUUGAAUCCAUUAACAAAUAAACAUUUUCAUGAAUUAUCAUUAUAUCAACAAGUUCUGAUUAUUUGUGCUUUAUGUGAAUCAACAAUGCGAACAUUUGAAAAUCUUCGUAUCUCAUUAGAUAAAUCCGCUGAUUGGGAAGCAUCAAAUCCUGUCUAUUUAGGUACUGAUUACUUUUCUAAAUACACAUAUUUACAUUUACCAAAUUCUAUCGGGCUGGAUGCAUCAACUUCACUGAGAAUUUAUCGAAUUGCUUAUGUGAAAAAAUGUUCACCAGUGAAUAAUUGUCAUAAGUUUAAUGAUAAACCAUUGAAAACAACCACUAUGGAUCAUCAUUUCGAAACUAGUAAAAUAGAAAUACUGAAAGAUUUUGCCAAAUUCAAAGAUGAAACUACUGCUUCUCCUACCACUACUACAAAUCAUCAUAAACGUAAACGUAAUUGUACUAAAUCAAAACAAACAGUUCAACUCUAUGAAGAAUUAAAUAAACAUAAUACGCUGAUCAUGGAGAAUGGUUUAUUGAUUCCUGGUUCAGUUCAACGUUUACCUAAUUGGUUGCAUCCAUCAUUAGCACGUGAUGUUUAUCGUAGAUGGUGUGGUAUUGUUGAACAUGUUCAUUCUACUCCUGCGACUACUACUACUACUACUACUACUGUGGCCUCUCCAAAGAUUUCAUCUAAUCAUGAUAAUCAAGAGUUUGAAGAAUCCUACAAAAUGAAAAAGAGACGUUUAUCUGAACGAAUUUCAAAUCAAUCAAAAACUGUGGAUGCUGUUACCAGUAAUAAUAAUAAUAAUAAUAAUAAUAAUAAUAAUAAUAAUAAUAAUAAUAAUAAUAAUAGUUCCAACACAACUAGAACAAACACACCAACUAAUAGAAGACGUAAUCAUUCUUCACAUAAUAAUAAUAAUAAUAAGGACACUAAUGACAAUAUGAUAAUGAAUGGUACCAAUCAAUGUAUUGAAGAGAAUGUUGUACCUUUUGCUAAUUUUCAAACUAUCGACAAUCAAAUUAUUUCAGAGAUUAGAAAAACGGAUCAUUGUUUAACUCCAUCACCGUAUGCAACAUUCAAUGGGCCAACACGUCAAUUUUUAUCGUUACAAUUAAGUCGGACGGCUGUUGGAGGUUUACGUUUUUGUUCAAAGUACAAUUCUCGUCGAAAUAAAAAAAAUGCUGUCAAUGCCAGUGGUGACGGUGACGAUGAUGGUGAUGAUGACGACGAUGAUGAUGAUGGCGAGGGCGACGGGGAUGGCGAUGUUGAUGAUGCUGAUGAUAUGGAGUCACAUUCAGCUGAUCAAAAUCUAAAUGACAUUCAUUCAUCACCUGUCAGUCGUUAUGAAUCUGAUGAUGAUGAUAAUAACAGUCGAAUAGUUGAAACUACAAAACAAAAUACAAAGACUGUUUCACAUGAUAAGUCUGUUGACGAAUCGUCCGCACAAAUACGUAGAUCUACAAGAUUAAGUGUAUUGUCUAAGAAUCCGUCUGUUGAUUGUUCUGUCAAUUCUAAUGAAACCUCUUCACCGUUAGUCGAAGAACCAAAACAUGUCACUACUGACGAGAUAAUUCAACAAUCUAAUGAACAAAAAAUUUCUAAUGAACAAUUGACCAAUUCUAAUAAAAAAUGUGAAGAAAUUUCUGAUGAAAGUGUAACUAAAGUUGAUGAAAAUCUUUUAACUGAACCAUCUAGUGAAUUAUUCACAUUAAUUGCCAAAGAUCCACAUGAAUUAAAUGAGCUAUUGAAAAUUUUACAACAAUUAUUAUCUACUACUGAAGAGAAAUUCAGUAAAAAUCAGUCUCUCGAUGAAUUUGAUUUGAAUUCAGAUUGUGAUGAUAAUCCAGUCGAUGAGUAUCGUGAUGAUGACUGCUGCAGCCAUGAACCAUUGUUGAUGACAUUGACGAAAAAACUCAAACAAAAUGAUGAUGCUGUUGUAACUCAGAAAACCACACGAUUGCGUAAUGCAAUUAAAUCAUUAAAAAAUCUUAUUAACAAUUUACAACAAUUGUAUCAAUCUAUAGUGAAUCGAGACAGUGAACGUGUUGAUGCUCAACGUCUAGCUCGUCUAAGAUUACGUAAAGAUGUUGAACAAUGGGAACUGAAUCAGGCUGAAAAAAAUAGAAAACAGUCGAAAUUAAAUCAAAACAACCCACUAAACCAUCACGAAUCCUCUCCCAAUCAGUCACCAACACCAACUCAAACAGAUCUAUCAAAAGAUCGUGCUGAACGACAUCUGAGACGUGAACAACUUCGUGCACAAGAAGACUACACCAACAAUGAUGACAUUAAUGAAAAUCAAUUCGACUGUCGAUCUGUUGAUGAUGAACAGAAGAAUAUUAAAAAAUCAUCAAAACCUUUGCAUAAAUCAAUCACUGUCACAAUGAGCCCUGCCAAUAAUCAUAAUACUAAUAAUAAUAAAAUGAAAACUUCUCAUUCAAAUAAUAGUUAUCAAGCAUUUGCAUCACGUAUUAGUGCAAGUGGUGCAGCCAAAAUGCCUAUUUCAGCACAUUUUAAUACUGAUGAAUUAUGGCCAAAAAUACGUCGAUCUGCCAUGUUGGAACCAAGUAGACAUGUGUCCAUAUUGCCAAGACCAACAUCAUCGGCUACAGGAACACCAGUGAAAUCAACAACAACCAGUCCUACAGAGAAUACUAAUACUAAUGCUAAGAGUAGUAGUAGUAGGCUAACAACUCAUUCAUUUCCACGUAUAUCAUCACAUUCAACCUAUCAUCAUCGAUCCAGUACAUCUCGAUCACCUGCUAUUCUACGCAGUACAAGUUUCAGUAAGUCAUCAUCAUCAUCAAGUACAUCGUAUUCCAAUGGUGUUGUAUCCGGUUCUUCAGUAUCAAAUCAAAGCAAUCUACCGCUAUCAAGUAUGAUGAUGAUGUCAUCACCGAAAUCCCCAUUGACUUCAGCACAUUUAUCAAAUCAUACUACUACCGCUACAACUGUUAGUAGUAGUAUUAGUAGUACACUAUGCAAUAAUAAAACAUUAUCAACACCUGUUCGUAAAAUCUAUCGUGUUUGUAAUACACUAUUUACAGAAGAUGCAAAACCAGUGAAAAUCACGCCGAAUGGUUCAUUAAUUCUUAUACCACCUGAUACAAUUCCAUUGAAUCAACGUCAAUUAGCUAGUCAAAUGAUUUCACGUUAUCAUCAACAUGUGAAUGCGAUUUCUGUCAAAUCACAUUCUACCAGUCAACACAACUACACGUCUACGACAGCAACAUCUACAGCGGUAAUCUGUUCUUCUUCACCUUCUUCUCCUUCUUCUACCAGUACUACAACACUAGCAAGUGCUGUUGUCGCAUCGAAACACUCCAUUUUCCCUUCAUCUCCAUCCACCUCCUUCUCGUCACCGCCAUCAACAACAGCAACAACAUCGCCAACGUCGUCGUCGUUGACUACUAAUCUUGUUAAAACAUGA